ACCACUCCUCCACCGACAUGUCCCCUAAAGACAAUGCCAGCAUACCUGGACGAUCCGUACGAUAUAGGCGCGCAGAUUGUGAGGGGCUCUCUUCGGAGGGCGAGGGUAUUUAGAGACCGCCAGAAUCCGCUGGCGUACCCGGACGAUGUUCUCCAUGAAAGAUAUAGAUUCUCAGCUGAGGGAAUUCGUUACCUAUGCCAGCUGCUCGAGGCGGACGUCUCUAAUGUAACCCGCCGAAGUCAGGCCCUCACAAUCGAGCAAAUGUUAUGUCUUUCAUUGCGCUAUUUCGCCAGCGGACAAUAUAUGUAUUCCAUCGGUGAUGCUGAAAACCUGAGUAAGAACACUGUAUGCCGGGUGAUACGGAAGGUGGUACUUGCUCUCACUAAACUGGUGGAUGCAUUUGUUGUAUUCCCUGGCCAUUUGCCUGCACGUCAGAUAAAAGAAGGGUUCUAUGCAAUCGCUGGUUUCCCAAGAGUAAUUGGAGCCAUUGAUUGUACGCACAUUCCUAUCAGUGCACCCCUGGGAGAGCAUGAGCGGGAUUUUGUGAAUAGAAAGUCCAAACACACCAUCAAUGUCCAGAUGACAUGCGAUCACCACUAUAUGAUCACAAGCCUGGAUGCAAGGUGGCCAGGGUCAGUCCAUGACUCCCGUAUAUUCAGAGAAUCAUCACUGUCUGACAGAUUCCACCAAGGGCAAUUUGAUGGAAUCCUGCUGGGGGACCGUGGCUACGCAUGCAUGAAGUUCCUCAUCACACCAUUUCCUGAUCCACAAACAAGGCAACAGAGAUCAUUUAAUCAUGCACACAGUGUCACUAGGGCCAGGAUCGAAAUGACAUUUGGCAUAUUGAAGGCCCGAUUCGCCUGCCUGAAGGUCCUUCGGGUCAAGCCAGACAGGGCCUGCCAAACCAUAGCAGCAUGUGUGGUUCUUCAGAAUGUCGCCACAAUAAGGAAGGAAAGAGUGCCCCCUCAUGAUCCUCCCCCACCCCCUGAUAUUACUGAUCCAAUCACCCUGGAUCAUCCAACAGGCCGUGCUGUCAGGGAUGCCAUUACCAACCAGUUUUUCCAAUGAAUUGUACACACCACAAAUUAAAUGCACAAAAAUAAAGACAUGUCACACCAA